UAACUCUCGUCCUUUACGCUGAAGACACCCUCUCGCUAUACUCUUCACGUUUGCGAGUGUCGGAGUUUCGGAUCUCAUCGGAGAUUCUGCGGUAUUGCUCCCUCCACCGCCGAUCAGAUUCCAGCACGGCGCCGAUCGCCGGUGCUUUUGAGUUAUCGAUCGGAGAUCCAUCGUGGUUCGCGAACUCCUUGGGCAAAAGGAGACGACGAUUAUGGCCGUCGUUGGUGUUCAUCGAUUCGCUGAAUCAAUCACUUGUCAUGCUUGGAGUCCCGAUCACUCCAUGGUCGCCCUCUGUCCAAACAAUAACGAAGUUCAUAUCUAUAGAUCAUCACAAGACCAGUGGGAGAGGGUACAUGUUCUUCAAAAGCAUGACCAAAUUGUUUCUGGAAUAGACUGGAGCUCAAAGUCCAACAAAAUUGUUACUGUUUCCCAUGACAGGAAUUCGUACGUCUGGAGCCAGGAAGGAUCUGAAUGGGUACCAACCCUCGUUAUCCUUAGACUAAAUCGUGCCGCACUAUGUGUCCAAUGGAGUCCCAAAGAGAACAAGUUUGCUGUCGGAAGCGGUGCUAAAACUGUUUGCAUAUGCUAUUAUGAGCAGGAGAAUAACUGGUGGGUGAGUAAACUUAUUCGGAAAAGGCACGACUCUUCAGUCACAAGUGUUGCGUGGCAUCCUAACAAUAUUCUUCUUGCAACAACAUCUACAGAUGGAAAAUGCCGGGUAUUUUCAACCUUCAUUAAGGGAGUCGACACAAAGGACGCAAAACCUAGUACAACAGCAGAAUCUAAAUUUGGAGAGCAAAUUCUUCAGCUUGAUCUCUCAUACUCGUGGGCAUUUGGAGUGAAAUGGUCUCCAAGUGGGAAUACCUUAGCUUAUGUAGGUCAUAACUCAAUGAUUUACUUUGUUGAUGAUGUGGGUCCUUCUCCUUUAGCCCAAAAUGUUGCAUUCCGAGAUUUGCCUCUUCGUGAUGUCCUCUUUAUUUCUGAGAAAAUGGUGAUAGGAGUUGGAUACGACAGCAAUCCGAUGGUGUUUGCUGCCGAUGAGACAGGAAUUUGGAGCUUUGUCAGAUACCUUGGUGAGAAAAAGGUGCCAUCUUCAGGUUCUAGUUACAGUUCACAGUUAACUGAGGCAUUCGGGAAAUUUUAUGGUCAAUCAAAGUCUGCAACGGGAAACGAUGGUAGUGAAUCUUCAAAGUCACGUGGAGGCGUUCACGACAACUGCAUAAAUUGCAUAAUGCCGCUUAGUAAAGCCGGGACGCCUAAAGUAACGCGAUUCAGCACUUCAGGAAUUGAUGGGAAGAUAGCGACAUGGGAUUUGGAGAACAUGCUGCAAGACAUGUACUAGAAGAAAUUCUGGUGCGUCGCUUGUAUAUUACAUCUUGUGUCUUUGUUUGAACCCUCGUCUUCAUGUCUCCUUUUACUUGUAAAACCACACAAUAAUCCUUGCUUCUUUUUUUUUAUUACUUUUAUUAACAAAUAAACGAACUUAUAGUAUCUGUAAUAAAACAUGUGAAAUCAAAACCCGAGUUAUCUCA